AUUCAUCUUCCUGGUGCACAGUGGGUGGGGAGUAAGGUCCUGGUUGGCUGAGGAGAACCAUUGCCCUGUGAUCGAACCGGGAACAAGCAGCGAUAUCCUGCAGGCUGGUAUACAGUUCGUAACAAAGCAGAAUGGGAAAGAAAGACGCGUGCGCUGCAAGGUUGCCGGUCGAGCAGUACCGAAAACAGAUUGGAAAACAAGAUUACAAGAAAACCAAAUCUGCUCUAAGAGCGACGAGAUUAAAAGCAGAGGCGAAGCGGAGUGCCCCGGGAAUUCGGGACACUGUUCUCGUCAUCGUGGCCAUCCUUGUCUUCGUCCUCAGUGUUUAUGCGUUCUUCUACCUCAAUCUGAGCACCGAGCUAGACCUGGACGUGGAUGUGGAUUAGCACACCAGCUCCUUGGUGAAGGUUCACUUGGGGGGAAGACUUGGACAACAACAGGACAUAAGAGCCUCCCUCCGUUCCCCCCCUGCGACCGACCACCUGAUUGGCCCUAAUUGGUCAUGCAGCGUUUGUAUUCCAGAUGCCCCGCCCCCUGCAACAGGUCACAUGGUGCUCCACGGUGAACCGAUCCACCCUCAAAAGCAGGCAUGUCAAAAAUGGAAGAGGAAAUUGGUUAGUCCAGAUGUUUCCGUCAGUGCUUAAGAGAUACUCCACAUCUCGCCAUCCCACACACGGCCUUUUGGAGAUUAUAAUUGUUUAUAUCGGUUGUGUAUAUUUUGCUUAAUGUGAAAUGGUCUCUUUUCGUUUUAUUUGUUUCGUUACAAGUCUUACGCUCUGGUCGGGAGAAAAGAUGCUCGGACUGCACUGCACUGCCAAUUGAUUACAGUACAUCAACGUGAUGCCAGGAAAGGAAGACUCCACAACAAUGUUAUUGUCCUUUUCUCUUCACUCAAACCUGGGUAGACAACGUUGUAUUCAUAAGAGAUCAUCAUUGUGGAAUCAUGCUGUUCUUUUCCUGACUAAUAGCAAUAUGUAAAUCUUUUGAGAGAGAGAUAAUCAGCACCCCAACCCACCCCCCAUGCAUUCCACCACAAAGACUUGUGCCUACAUUUUCAUGGGUAGCGAUUGUGAGGAUUAGACGUGUAAUUCCUCUCUUGAUUGCGUCUGUGUCCGGAAUACAAAACCCCAAAUUUCAUCCAUCUCUGACUGCAUCCACCAGAGCUAUAACUGACACAAUCUGGCUGUUUCUGUUUUAUUGGUGUAAAUGUGGAAAAUAUAUUACAUACACAAUAAUCAAUAAUCAGUCUUGCAAAGAAGAAAGCGAUGCACUAUUAAUGAUUGUAUAUUUUAUGAAUCAUUGUACAGAAAAACCAUGAAGGACUGAUCAUUCUUACUUAUUUUGUCAUUGUCAUCUAUUUUCCAAGUUAUAUGAAAUAAAAAUAAUGGCCUUC